AUGGUAGCAGCCGCGGGGACAGUGGGCCUAGUGGGGUUCGAUAAAUUUCCAUUCCCAGCACAGCGCUGGGUUUUCCAGAACGAUGCUCAAGUCCCAGACUCACCCUAUGGACUGUUUCCACAAGAGGGCGAUCCAUUCCAGUUCAUUCCCUGCACUGAUGCCAGUCGUCCACCGCCGUUGGAUGACCCAAAUCCGCGGCAAUCAUGGGCCACCCUCUUCGACGUCAAUCCUAAUCAUUGGAAUUGGGGAAGCACAGGCCGGGGCAUCUACCUGUGUGGAUAUUUAGAUCUCCCACUCGACUAUCACAACUCUUCCGACCAUCGCAUAGUCCGAAUUGCAGUUACCAAGUUCCAGGUCGCUGGUUUGGCUCAUGGGACCAGUAUGUUACCCAAGAGUUACAAGAGUGAGCGCACUAUCAUCAUAAACCCUGGAGGCCCGGGAGGAAGCGGCACAUCGUUCCUUUGGGAGACCGCGGAGGAGAUGACCAAUCGCUUCAGUGACGGACAGCUCGAUGUUCUAGGGUGGGACCCCCGCGGUGUUAAUUUCUCCCUUCCGGCUGCGGCAUGUUUCCCCCAAGACAAGUUCAGCGACCGGUGGUCACUCCUAGCACUGCGAUAUCGCGAAGAAGCGCCAAAGGCCCAACUGGAGGCUACGGAUGCCAUGAACAACGCCACAUUGUUUGCUUGCCAGCAACGGCUGGGAGACUUUGGUCGCUUCGUCAGCACAGCGUCGGUGGCACGCGACCUAGACGAGAUCCGAAAAGCACUCCAAGAAGAAGAAGUCACCGGAUACCUGGUUAGCUAUGGUACGGGGAUUGGUCAGACCUAUGUCAACAUGUUUCCCACCCGAGCGGGUCGCAUGAUUCUCGAUGGCACGGAAUAUGUCAGGGAUCAUCGUCUGCUGGGUGGCUUUGGCUGGACUGCUCUCGACAAUGCGACAGAUGCAUGGCGCGACGGCUUCUUAGGAGAGUGUAUAAACGCUGGUCCAAAGUGGUGUGCAUUGGCCAAGCCCGUUCCUAGCCAGAAUGGCCCAGUCACACUUGCACAGCUGGAAGCACGUAUGACUCAGCUAUUUGAGUCGCUCAAAGCUCGCCCACGAUCUGCGUACACAGAAUCAGCCGGUCCCUCUUUGAUCACGUACUCAGCGCUCGUGGAGAGGGUUCUCUAUCGCGCUAUGUAUAGACCAGAGGACUGGCCGGGUACAGCACAAAUGCUCUAUGAGCUCGAAGCAGGAAACGCGACUCUAGCAGCCAACUCCCUAGAUCUCUCGUGGAGCGACCAUUCCGCGAAGCCGUUAUAUCCCUAUUUCACAUCUUCCAGUGAACUCGAACUUCUCGUGAUCUGUUCCGAUAUGUAUGAUGCGCCUCUUCCCGACGGACUUGACUGGUGGGAUCAGUUGUGGGAGAAAAUGUCCGCCCAGAGCUGGAUAGCAGGCAACUCUCGCUUCUUUGCAGUUCUACCUUGUCGAUAUUAUAAUACCUACUGGAACCGUCCUUCAGAGGUGUAUCGCGGUGAUCUCAACAACACUCUCAAAACCCCCUCACUGCUUAUCGCUUCUCCGUAUGACCCUGCAACCCCGUUGCGCAAUGGAAGAAGGCUCUUAGCGGAGAUGGGCCAAAAUGCCCGGCUGGUUGUUAAUCAUGCUUAUGGGCACAGCUCAAGACGUGAUGUGUCGGACUGCACGGAUAAAGUGGCUAAAGCUUACAUUCUACAUGGCACUCUUCCUAGAGAACAGGAAAUCCAGUGCUAUGCCAAUGAAAAGCCUUAUUUUCAUGGUCUUGUUGGCGACGAAUGA